GCAACCGACGACUUCUAUAACCGCAUAUACUUCACAUACUUCAACUAUUUCCAGUACAACUAAGACUGUCAGGAAAGAACAGUCAUUUUGCAUCAAGUUCGUGGUGAUCGCACUCGCUGUUUCACUGGCUGUUUUCAUAUGUAUGUUUGUCGCAGUAUUUUGCUGGUUCAGAAAGAAAUCAGGACAAAAACAAAUACAGAUUAAAUCAUCUAGAAAUCCAUCAAAAAGAAUUGCAGCCUUUAAUACAAGAUCAUGUGGACAAGAACAAAGAAACAUCAGCAACGCAAACUCAGAGGGUGUACAGAUAGUGGGCCUAGAUGCUGUACAAUAUGCUGCACCAGUCGAUGACAUAGACUACCCAAAACCAUCCACUCAUAACAUGACACAUGAUAUACUAUAUGAUACGGAUCUAUCGACCUACUCUGAAGUGCAUGAUGCAAUACCACCAUCUGCUAAGUUGACCUCCAUAUAUUAUGAUGAUGAAAACCUAUACUUGAAUCCA